AUGAGGCACUCGGAAGGCAGAAGCUCGUAUACAACGGCCGAGGAACACUUGCAAACCCGCAAACCAGGUGGAAAUGGGGGCUCAAAGGCCCCCAAGCCUGACGGCUCCCGAGACACACGCACAGCACAUGACUCGGGUCUGUCUUGCGCCAACACCAGGCGUCGAACAUUACCAGAUCUCGACAAGCCUCUACCUUGUCUCACCAGAUCUGGUGGCCUUGAAAUGAAACUUGGAAGUCAUCUGUGUCUGCCUCCUGAGCGGCCCAAGGGAUCAACGCAAGGGACAUCCACGCGCACAUUACUCAGAGGAAAGAUGGAAAAGUCUUUAUCAAAACUCUCGAAAAUUAACCCGAUUAAUAACGAUAAUGAAACGAGGAUUGCAGCCUCGCCGUAA